CCCAACACAUGUCCCCAAUCCUUAUCAAUCCUUCCCAGAUUAUGCAAAUUUCGAUAAGUAAAUAAAUCAAUCCAACAACUGGAGCAAUUCAUGACUCGAGAUGAGGGCAUCGUUUAUCAGCGUCACAUCUGCAGUGACGUGUAGCAGAUGGCAAAUAAAAGUCCGGCUGUGAGGAACGUUGGACGUUUUGAUAUGAUAAGUAGUUUAGAAAGUUGGAACGAAUUUUUAUGGGAAUUUCAUUGGAUUCGGCCGAGAAGGACUACAGCUAGGACACAAUGGGAUUGAAGAAUUUUGGAGGCUUCAGGUGGUGGUUCAGGUUCACUGUUAUUGCGCUGGCUGUUGUUUUUCUCUGGAUAUUCGUGAGGAAUGACAGGAUUGAUGAGGUGGGAGAUUUUGAAAAACUAUCCGUGAUGCCCGUGCCAAGGAUAAAACCCGAAAAAGUGAAAAUAGUGGUUUAUUACGAGGCCCUUUGUCCGGACUCAAGGAGCUUCGUGGUGAGGCAGCUAGAGCCAACAUAUCACAAGAUACCUGAUAAUGUUGUCGUGCAGAUGGUUCCAUAUGGCAAAGCUACGACAAUUCCGGGACCAGAUGGUUACAGCUUCGAGUGCCAACACGGCCCGAGGGAGUGCGAGGCAAACACAAUUCACGCCUGUGCUAUUGAUGUGAUAAAAAAACCCAGCGUUCAAUUAAAAUUUCUAGCCUGUAUGAUCGAGCACAAUAUCUGGCCGCAAAACAUAACGCGCACGUGUGCCGACAGACUCCACGUUGAUGCUGAGCCAAUAUUUAAAUGCUACAAAAGCCCCCGAGGGGCUGAACUAUUAGCCAAGUACGGGGAAAUGACGCACGCCCUGUCACCACCUGUCGAGUUUAUUCCUACAAUCACUCUUGAUAAUGACGCUGGGAACCAAAUAGAAAUACUGAAAGACUUGUUACACGAAGUCUGCAAACGAUACAAAAAAGUACCUGCUGGUUGCCACUGACCGCACUGAAUGCCAAAAAUACCCUGUAAAACUGAAUUAUCAAUGUUGAGAGAUAAGACGAUGAAAUCAAUCAAUUCCACAAAAUAUCAAAUAUUUACAAUUUAUCACGAAUGAGCUGGAUACACAAAAGAGAAUGUACUGCUAGGAAUUCUGUAAAUAUAAUUAUCGCAAAAGUUGAUUAA